UGGAAAACAAUAAUCCUUGGAUUUUCAAGAUCCAGGAUAAGAGGGUGCGUGUUUGCAGAAAAGGUCAAAAUUUGAGAGUCCUGGAGUUGUACUGUACAACUGUUCUGGAUUGGUGGAUAUGCAAAUAUUAAAGGAAGGGAAGGAGCAAAUAUUACUUUUGAUAUUUUUCGUGAAGCUCGAAGAACAGUACCUAGUAUUGUUUACAUGCCUCACAUUGGUGAUUGGUGGGAAGCUGUCAGUGAAACUGUGAGAGCUACUUUUCUGACAUUGCUACAAGAUAUACCAUCAUUUUCACCUAUAUUUUUAUUGUCUACCUCUGAAACCAUGUACAGUGAACUGCCUGAAGAGAACUCUUUCAGGGUUAAAUGUAUCUUUAGAAUACAGUAUGAAGAGGUCUUGUAUAUUCAAAGGCCUAUUGAAGAACACAGAAGAAAAUUUUUCCAAGAAUUGAUUCUCAAUCAGGCAUCAAUGGCUCCACCACGGAGGAAACACACUGGUCUUUGUGCUAUGGAAGUGCUUCCCCUUGCACUACCUUCUCCACCUCGUCAGUUAUCAGAAUCAGAAAAAAACCGGAUGGAGGACCAGGAGGAAAAUACUUUAAGAGAGUUGCGGUUGUUUCUCAGGGAUGUAACCAAGAGGCUGGCCACAGAUAAACGCUUUAACAUCUUCAGCAAACCGGUGGAUAUUGAAGAGGUUUCAGAUUAUCUUGAAGUAAUCAAGGAACCAAUGGAUUUAUCAACAGUAAUAACUAAAAUUGAUAAGCAUAAUUACCUGACUGCUAAGGAUUUUCUGAAAGAUAUUGACCUCAUCUGUAGCAAUGCUCUAGAGUACAAUCCAGAUAAGGACCCAGGAGAUAAAAUAAUUAGGCACAGGGCUUGUACCCUGAAGGACACUGCACAUGCCAUCAUUGCAGCGGAAUUGGAUCCAGAAUUUAAUAAACUCUGUGAAGAAAUUAAGGAAGCAAGAAUAAAAAGAGGCUUAUCGGUAACAGCAGAACAAAUAAAUCCUCAUGGCACUGGAGCUCGGAAGACUGAAACUAGAGUUGAAGAGGCAUUUCGGCAUAAACAAAGAAAUCCAUUGGAUGUCUGGCACAACUCUGCAAAUAAAUGUGCAUUUCGAGUUCGAAGAAAAUCAAGGCGGCGAUCACAGUGGGGUAAAGGAAUUAUUAAGAAAAGGAAAGUCAAUAAUUUAAAAAAAGAUGAAGAGGACGCUAAAUUUGCAGACUAUGAGAACCAUACAGAGGACAGGAAGUUGCUAGAGAAUGGAGAGUUUGAGGUAAGCACUGACUGCCAUGAAGAAAAUGGCGAAGAGACCGGAGACCUCUCUAUGACCAAUGAUGAAUCAUCAUGUGACAUCAUGGACAUGGACCAGGGGCAGAGGCUUAACAAUGGAGCGGGCACGAAGGAGAACUUUGCAUCUACUGAAGAGGAAAGUUCCAAUGAGUCUCUGCUCAUCAACAGCAGCGGUUCUCUAAAUCCAGAACAGACAUCUAGGAAAGAGCCUUUCCUUAAAGGAAGCUGUCUCAAUGGUGAGGCCUCCACUGACAGUUUUGAAGGAAUACCAGUUCUGGAGUGUCAGAAUGGCAAAGCUGAAGUAGUCUCUUUCUGUGGUAGUGGUGACAAAUGUAGUUCUGAACAAAAGAUUGUCCCAGAGGACCAGUCAAAAGAAAAACCAGAAACUUCGAAUGAACAUCAUGGAGAUGAUCCUGAGAAACUAGACGCCCUGGAAUGUAGCAGUAAUGAGAAGUUAGAACCCAGCCCCGAAGUGGAGGUUAAAGAUGCAGAACUGGAUAAAGAAGGUGCUUCUAAAGUAAAGAAAUACCGUAAGUUAAUUUUAGACCAGGCAAAAACAACAAGCCUGGAACUGGUUCCAGAAGAGCCGUCUGAGCCUGUGCCGCCUCUUAUAGUUGAUCAUGAGAGAUUGAAGAAAUUGCUUGAUUUAUUGGUAGAUAAAAGCAACAAUCUUGCAGUUGAUCAACUUGAGAGAUUAUAUUCUCUUCUUAGUCAAUGCAUCUAUCGUCAUCGUAAAGAUUAUGACAAAUCACAACUUAUAGAGGAGAUGGAAAGAACAGUUCAUAUGUUUGAGACAUUCCUAUGAACUUUUCAAGAUGAGUGGUUUAUCCUCUCCCAUCUGCUCCUGACAGAGCAGUCUUCUGAGCCAUUCAAUUUCAAAUUGCACCAAUUAUGUGCAGAGCCUUGGUGUAAAGUGCUCUCUCACUCAUUCUUUCUCUCUGUUGAAUUUGGUGCUAUUGUCUCAGGUACUUGAAACCAACCAGCCU